UUCCAGCAGGCAGCAGUCCCGCGCUAGCAGGUGAACGGAGAGGAUGUGAUGGUGCAGCGUCCGCUCUGGCACGUGUGCACAGACCCUGUUAUUCCUCCUCGGAGUGUUGUGCUGCAAAGUCAUUAACUAGAGAUUCUCAUUUAAUAUCAUGUACAUAUUUGCUUAUCGUGUGUGAAUCAUGAUGGACUCGAAAUAACAUCAGUUUCAAAGACGAAACUUUGUUAUUGCAGCAAUUUUUCUUGGUGACCGUGAGUCCCUUAUACGGAGGCCAAACCCUGCAAGCUGGUUGGUGGUUGGUUUAUGGUGCAUCGCGUCUGCUUCCCGCUCCCUGCCUCUUGGGAACCCUCCUCCCAUCGGCGACAGUCCAGUGCGGAGCGUGAGGCAUGGAGAGCAUGACGGGCCUUAGAACAGCAGAGGCCCUCAGGGAGUGGCGGCGGUAGCGUGAUGGUGGGUGCGGUCCGAUCCUAGUAUGUGAUGAAGGUUCGCGGGUGGACGUGGGAUACGUCAUGGGCGGUGGUGGGGCUGUGGGCGACAGUUUCGCUCCUGGUGGCGAUGGCCUCUCUCGCCGCUCUCUUCACACCCACGUGGUUCGUGCGACACUCACCUGCUCCUCCUAUCAUGUUUGGAGUGUGGGCGUGGUGUAUGGGCAGCCUGACUGACCAGGAAUGUGCAGCCAUCGGACAGGGAAUCAGGGACACCAGUGGGGCGCUGCCAUCAGCGGUGUGGGUGAUGGUGGGCGCGGUGUAUGGAGGGGGCGGUGCCUUGUUGGCCGUCACGGGCCUUGCUGCACUCCUCACGCCCAUCUUGCCCACCACUCACGCCCGUGCCGCCCUUGCUCAUGUCGCAGGCAACAUUCAGGCAGCAGCAGUGUCGCUGCAGGUGGUGGGGCUGCUGCUGUACCCACUGGUCCUCGGGUCACCCUUCGCCAGGCAACACUGUGGCCCAGCGGCUUCCGUCUAUGCCGCGGGCACCUGUGAGCUGGGUUACGCGUACAUGCUGGCCCUUGUCGCAACAGCUUUGGCGGCCUACUGCCCAGUUCUGGCCAGGCUGGUCACUUACAAGGACUAUACUGAUUACAGAUCCAAUCUUAACUACAUAUGAUGGCCGUGCGUGUGUCCCCGGCGCUCCACCACACAUGCUGAGGGACUCCCACCCGAAGGACCAUGUAUGAAAUGUCUGCCCGAUAUACAUGCACAGUUUGUAGCCCAUUUCACAUAUAAUGAAUAUUCUGAAACAGAGGGUAUGUCUGUCUUCUUGCAUGAGCGGCAAUUUGCAAACGCCUAAAUGAGUCUUUUAGUGACCUGUAGUGUGGGAACAGGCCUUCAUUUGCUCCUCAUGGAAGUCAGUCCGCCUCUGCAAAACGAAGAAAAAUUAAAGAUUGUGUGUAGCAGUAGUUCAUGUCUUUGUUUAGCUUUAUAUAUAUAUAUAUAUAUAUAUAUAUAUAUAUAUAUAUAUAUAUAUAUAUAUAUAUAUAUAUAUAUAUAUAUAUAUAUAUAUAUAUAUAUAGUUUGCAGCUUUCGUGAACUGGUGCGGCCCAUAACAUACUUCAGGGAUCUUUUGCUGUCCCUGUUAAUAAACUAUGAUUCUAGUUUCAAAUUUACUUUCUUAGCCGUGUCUCUUAGAUAUGAAGGUGUCGUAUGAAAAAUCUGCCGUGAUUUGACUUGCAAUGUGAGAGCUACAUAAGGAUGUAAGAAUUGUUUGAGAUUGUCGUGGCGAAGUCAAACGACGUAAGGGAAAGAGGAAGAUGAGCAGAAAACAGGACCCUUUCCAACUGAAUAACUGCUGGGAGUGUUUGGGUGCCCAAAUAACAGAAGGAAGACUGAAAGUCACAGCUCACAACAAAGUAGUGUUAUGUAGUAGUUUUACUUUCUCUAAUUUUUGUUGAUCCCGCCACGCUUGUCGCCUGAGCAGGGGCGGCGCCGCCUCUCCUGCCAUAGGGAGAUAAAGGCUCCAUUUUACACAUCCAUCACGCAGAAGAGGAUGAGGAUUAAACAUUCAUGCAAGUACAUCCAUGAAAAAAAGGUUGCUAAGUCUUCUCGGGGAAGGAAUGGAAUGACGUGGAAGGAAACAACACUGCCCUACUGAAGGUCUUGGUAAAAGGCAAGCAUCAUGGGAGGUGUUAUAAGAAACAAGUGAUAAACCAGGACAAGGUAGCAGUGACGUUACGUAUUGGUGGUGCAAGUGUACAUACAUGUGAUAAGUGUGAUGACAUGGUGAUGUUUGAAAAGUUUUCAUAAAAAAGUAUGGACAUCAUCGAAUAUCUUGCGAAUAUAUAUUUUACAUUACACGGUAUACGAAUAAGACACUUAUUUACAAUAUCAUGGUAGUUAUUUUGACGCAUGAAAAUAAAAAAUAUAUUUACUAUAAUGAAAAUUCAUGCCAUUAAGCAGUUGGUCAAGGAGAGAAAGAAGACAGACGAGUGACUAGGUAACGUUCUGUUACGUUUCAGAAACAAUACGAAUAAAAGUUUAAUGAGGGAAUUGCAUAUGAUUUACAGUAAAUAUUUUCCUGCCUAACUCAAAUACUCGUACUCGCCUCUUUGCAUCCACACAACGCCUGGCGUUGGGGAUACUAGGCUGUACGUCUCAUCUCACUUUUCUCCAUGACCGCGCUACAUAGGCCGAGGCGCCGGGCACCGCGGAAAUUAGGUCAGCUUUAUCAGAUGAGACGGAGAAGUUAUGGUGCAGAAGCAAGGCAGCAACACACCCCGGAGGGUACCCAUCUAUUUCACUCCUCAGGUGAGGCUGCUACACAAAACUUUCACAUUUUUUCCUUCUUGCUAAAUACAUACAUGUAAUUUGAGGGAUCUUAGGAUACAUAGCAAUUGGGAAGUAGCGAAAUGUACCACUAUUCUUCGAGAUCUUCGUUGAUUAUUGCAUCUUAGUGCCGCAAUAACGAGAUCAAGUGGCGCUGCUUUUUUUUUUUUUUUUACGACGGAUACAUAACCCUACUGUGGCAGAAGGCCGCCAGAGGAGGUGGCGUCCAUGACAUUUCUGGCCCCAGUAUAAUUUGAUUCCUGGGGCACCUUGACGUCUCUUUUAAGAAUUGAAGCCCGUAGAAAGGUAAAAGGAUGGAAAAAGAUUGCGUUCCGGAGUUUAACAAUAAAGUGAAAGAAAAAAAAAUUAAGAUACAGAAUAGGGGUGAGAGUAGCUCUUGUGCUGGGUACGUGCAGUCGACAACUUCAGAGACGGUAAUAACCAUGAAAAGGUAGCAGAGGUGCAAUGCGGCGAAACGUGAUUGAAAACAGUCAGAAGACCGGAGUCGAGACUCGACUCCACUAUACUCGUGCAUAUGGAUGCGAUCCUCACCCACCAACACACACACACAUACAUUUUAGAUUAAAUCAUUAGUUUUGGGAAAAAAAAAAAAAAAAAAACUGUACUAAAAAAAAUACUGGGUUUGAUAUAGAAAAGCCCAUUUCCGUGAGGCUACGUCGAGCUAUUGCGAGAUAAUAAAAUGAACCUGGAAAUUAAUCCAU